AGUCAUAAAUAAAGAAAGAACGCAGAGAACAACACGGGUCAGAGGACAUGUGUGUGAGCAGACACAGGAAAAUACGAGGCGUCUGAUAAGAAAGCUGGGAAAUGACUUGGGUUUUAUGAAACGGGUUUAUACUGAGAGGAGAAAUGAGUGUCACUGAUGGGAAGACAGUUAUGUGUCCACUUUCAGGAUACAGCUGUCAGGCUCCAAGUCAAAGGCGGCCAGUGAACAAGGGUCCCGACCCACACACAAAACUACAUUUAACACAGUCGUGAAGAAGCCUGAAGAGACUUUCAGCACAGUGAGUGGUAAACACAGCGAUACAAGGGGCCUGGAUCCACCGCUUUUCACUGAACCCCUUGAGGACUGUAUAGUGGAUGAAGGAAAUGACAUCAAACUGAAGGGGACUAUCACAGGGAGUCAGCCAAUCAACAUUUCCUGGCUUCAUAAUGGUGAGUUUGUGCUGUUUGGUAAAUCCUCAUUUGUGGGAGGAAAGGUGAGUUUGGUAGUUAAGGAAUGUCUCCCGGAGGACGCUGGGGCUUACACUUGUGUGGCCGAAAACACAGCAGGAAAAACAUCCAGCAGUGCAGCAGUGUGUGUGAGAGACUAUGAAACAAUUGCUGGGAUUCAUAACGAGAUGACCCAAACAUCUCACUCGCAUCCUAAUUCUUCUCACACUCCUGAUAUGGUAAACGGGGUUUUCAACUUUACUCAGAACGUCCCGGAGGACAUCAGUGUUUUUAAAAGCCCACAGUCGCCCCAGACAGGAAGUCCUAUAACAAGCUCUCCAGCACUCAAAAGAGAGGUGCUUGUCAAAAGAAGAAGCAGCUCAGGUACAGCACCUGUGCAGUUUGUGGAUCCAUUAGAUCGACUGGAGGUGCAUGUUGGAGAGACGGCCCGUUUGACGUGUGUCUUCAAAGGCAGCUGUCCUGUUGCGUCUUGCUGGGUCUGUAACAAAAAAGAGGUGGUGGAAAGCUCCAGGUUUCAUAUAGACUCCUGUGAUGAAAGCAGUUCUCUAGUGAUCUCUGAAGCUCUUCCUGAGGACUCUGGACGUUACACGAUAUUUGUGCGAGAUCGCAAAAGUUCAGCGCAACACACAGUGACCCUGAAUGUCAUUGACCUGCCACAGCCUCCUGCCUCCUGUCCCUUGGCGUGCGUUCUCUCCCCUCACUCUCUGGUUUUGUCCUGGUCUGGGCCAUCUUACGACGGUGGCAGCGCUGUGACGGGAUACGUGGUGGAGGUUCGUGAAAGCCCUGGUGAGACUGACCACUGGAAAGAGCUCACGGCCCAGUGCAAGAGCACCUCACUCAGGGUGACAUCAGGACUCCAGCCUCAGGGAGAAUACUGCUUUCGCGUCAGGGCCUAUAACGCUGUGGGCAUCAGUGAACCGAGCCAAGAGUCCCAGCCAAUCAGGAUGGACAACCCAGCAGAGCCCUGUGACGAGAAACCAGUGGAGUAUGUGAAUGUCACCAUCAACACUGAGAAUAAACUUUCUGACCACUAUAAUGUCCUGGAAAAACUAGGAGUAGGGAAGUUUGGCCAGGUGUUUCGGAUGACCCAUAAGGAGACCGGACGUGUAUGCGCUGGAAAGUUCUACAAAGGUCGUCGGGCAAAGGAGAGAGAAGCCGCGAGGAAAGAAAUAGAGCUAAUGAACUUCUUACACCAUCCGAAACUGGUGCAGUGUCUCGCCGCAUAUGAUAACAAGGCAGAGAUGGUCAUGGUGAUGGAAUAUGUUGCUGGUGGGGAGCUGUUUGAGCGUAUUGUGGAUGAUAGUUUUGAGCACACAGAAGUGUCUAGUGUGGGCUACAUGCGUCAGAUUCUGGACGGGAUUCAGUAUAUGCACCAGCAAAACGUCAUCCACCUGGACCUCAAACCUGAGAACAUCGUCUGUGUGGACAGAACCGGGUUUCAGAUCAAAAUCAUUGACUUUGGACUCGCUAGCAAGCUGGAUCCCAACACACCUCUGAAGGUGAUGCAUGGCACUCCAGAAUUUGUUGCUCCAGAAGUCAUCAACUUUGAGCCUGUCGGUCUGGCCACUGACAUGUGGAGCAUUGGUGUCAUCUGCUACAUCCUGUUGAGUGGUGAAUCUCCAUUCCAGGGUGAAAGUGACACAGAGACUCUGGCUCUCGUGACAGCAGCGAAGUGGGAGUUUGAUGAGGAGAGCUUUGAAGAUAUCACAGACCUUGCAAAGGAUUUCAUUAGCUCUCUGCUCAGCAAAGAUGUCAGGCGUAGGAUGUCAUGUGAAGAUGCCUUGGCUCAUGACUGGUUGGCAUGUACGUGUGUAGACAACACCAGCAGCGCCACCAAAAACCUUUCAAAAAACAAGAUGAAGAAAUUCCUGACUAGGCAGAAGUGGAAGAAAACUGGCAAAGCUCUGCUGGCUCUGAAGAGGAUGGCUAUCUUAUCUAAACCAGAGGCUUCUGGAAGCUUGAGCCCUGUAGAUGAGACAGAUAAAGCAAUGCAAUCUCUGGAGCUUAAGCUUCAGUGUAAACCUGAGUUCAGCAAGACUCUGUCGGACUUGACCGUCCCACAGGGCUCCAGCGCACAACUCUCCUGUCUCAUCACAGGUUACCCUGACCCUGAGGUGGUGUGGUUGAGGGAUGGCGAGCUGCUGGAGUUGCAGGACGGGUGUGUGACGGUGGACUAUGAAGAGAAUGGCAGCUGUACGCUCACCCUAGAGAACAUCUCUCUCCACCACAGCGGCCUGUAUUCUUGCAAAGCCACUAAUGUACUCGGGGAGGCACUGUGCUCUGCUACACUUAUUGUAGAAUAAACAGACAGGCACAUGGAUUCAUAAUAUCACAUACAAAACAAUCACAAUACAACAUCCACACACCAGAGAGAUUCAAAUAUACUGAUGCAAUCAAUGGGGAUAUAAAUGUGAAUUCAGUGUUAAAACUGUAAUAAAAAAUCUAAUUUAUGUUGUCA